AUGGCUAGUGAGGAAGAGAGCUUUCUUGCUCUGGUGCAUUGCUCUGGAAAAAUUAAAAAAAGCAAAAGCCAUGGUGUGAAGUUCACCGACAGAGAACCACUAAGUAUGUUUAUCAGUUCGUCUAUGAGUUUGUCGGACUUGAAGAACAGCAUCUUGGAGAAGCUUGGCGUGUUGGGUUCCAAGUGGGUGAAGAAACUAUUCUACAAGAUUCCAAUGGCGGUUGUCUCGACCGGUGUUCAGUACGAAACCUUUGCGGUUAAGUCUGAUGAAGAUAUUAGGGUUCUCUUCUACUGUGUAAGGAGUUUUCCGGAGAUCAGAAUCCAUGAGUUGUUUGCGAAGUUGGAGGUUGGUGUCGAUAGUUCUGGGGCAUCCGCUCCAGUUCCUUGCGUAGCUUCCGCUGGUGGUGCAUCUAGUUCGAUGCCUCCGGUCAGACCGCAUCUUUCGCCGGUUCAAUCACCUUCUUUUGCGGCUGACUUACAACAAACGGAGGUUGUUGGUUCUGUCCCUUUGGAGCAUGCAGCAGUCAUUGAGCCUCCCAACGUCGUGGGCACCGGUGGUGGUGGCCUCGUGCCUUAUCUCGAAGACUUUGGUGGACCUGAUCAUAUAGAGAAUGCAAUGCGUGACGAUGAAUCUGAAGAGGAGCCUGUUGAUAUCGAUGGUGACAGCGACGAAAACACAGGCGGCGAUCCAGAUGCGCAACAUCGGCCUUCGAGUUCUGCUUCUCAUCAAUACCCUCCACACUUCUCGACACUAAACUUGGAAGCUCUUGGUCAACAGGAAGACAGUGGUAACAGAGUGGGUAGAUCUUCUACAGAAUUUGAGAUUGGGCAAUCUUUCCAGAGUAAAGAUGAAGCUGUGCUCAGUGUGAAGGACUAUAGCAUCCGGCGAGGUGUUGAGUACAGAGUCAUCGAAUCGGAUCAUUUGAAGUAUCAUGGAAAAUGCAAGGAAUUCGGCAAGGGUUGUACUUGGUUGAUUCGUGUAGCGCUUCGUGCAUGA